AUGAGGAGGACCCUGCCGGCCGUCUGCGUUGUGGCGGCCGUGACCGCCGCUGCCGUCGUGCUCACCACCGGCGGCUGGGGCUCCUCGCCAAACGAGAUGCCGACCUCCUCGUUCUUCGACGGCUCGGACCCUCCGUUGAACAUCACCGACGAGCAUUUUCUCGACGGCCUUCUUACCGCUAAUUUCAGCUACAUGUCGUGCCGGAGUCGCUACGAGUUCGCCGUCUACCACCACAAGCAUUCGUCGCACAAGCCGUCCCCCUAUCUCAUCGCCAAGCUCCGGAAGCAAGAAGCGCUCCAAAAGCGAUGCGGCCCUGGAACGGCUGCGCACAAGAAGGCGGUCCGGCGGCUCGACUCUGGCGAGGGCGUCGUCGACAAUGAAGAUGGCUGCCGCUACCUCGUCUACAUCAGCUACCGCGGCCUCGGCAACCGAAUGCUCGCCAUUGCGUCGGCCUUCCUCUAUGCGGUGCUCACCGAACGAGUCCUCCUAGUCGACGGUGGCAAGGACGCUGACGCGCUCUUCUGCGAGCCCUUUCCGGGGACGACGUGGCUGCUGCCGCGACCCGGCGGCUGGUUCUCCAACUCCCCGCUGAGGAGACUCCAGGGCUACGAGGGCGGCUCAAAGGAGAGCCUCGGCAACAUGUUGCAGAGCGGCGUCAUCACCGUGUCCACCGACGGGAACGUGUCGUGGUCGACGCCGCGGCCGCCGCCGUACCUGUACCUCCACCUCUCCGGCGCCUACGGGUUCCACGACAAGCUCUUCUUCUGCGGCGCGCACCAGCGGCUCCUCGGCGAGGUGCCGUGGCUAUUCAUGUGGACGGAUAACUACAUCGUGCCGGGGCUCUUCCUCACGCCGGCGUUCAGCGGCGAGCUCGAGGCCAUGUUCCCGGAGAAGGAGGCCGUGUUCUACCACCUGGGACGGUACCUCUUCCACCCGACAAACCGCGUGUGGCACGCCAUAAAGAGCUACUACCACGCCAACCUUGCCGGCGUCGGCCAGCGCGUCGGCGUGCAGAUCAGGGUGUUCCAGAAGAAGCAGCCGCCACGGUCCGUGCUGGACCAGCUCCUGUCGUGCCUCCGCGACGAGAAGCUCCUCCCGGAGACGACGGACGCAGCGGGCGGCAACAGCACGUCCUCGCGUGCCGUCCUGGUGACGUCGCUGAGCUCGUGGUACUACGACCGGAUCAGGGACGAGUACGGCGGCCGGAUCGCCGGCGGCGUGCACCAGCCGAGCCACGAGGGGCGGCAGCGGUGGCGCGAUGCGGCACACGACAUGAGGGCGCUGAGCGAGAUGUAUCUGCUCAGCAUGUGCGACGUGCUCGUCACCAGCGGCUACUCCACGUUCGGGUACGUCGCGCAGGGGCUCGCCGGGCUGCGCCCCUGGGUCAUGCCCAGGGCGCCAAUGUGGGCGGCCGACUGGAGGGAGGGGCUGGACCCGGGGGACCCGCCAUGCCGGCGGGCAGUCUCCGUCGAGCCGUGCUUCCAUGCACCGUCGGCCUACGACUGCGCGGCAGCGAGGGACGUGGACCUGGACAAGGUAUCGCCAUACAUCAGCCGCUGCGUCGAUGUCAAAUACGGCAUAAAGCUUGUCAAUGAAAGCAACGGCCAGUGGUGA